AUGGCAAAAAUAGAAACAGAAGAUCAGAGAGCAGCACUUUCUCAUUCUUCUUCAUCAUCCUUGACUAAAGCCAUGAAGAAAUCACAGCAAAGAAACUCUGAAGGCACUUUCAAUGGGGAUACCAUUCACUCAAUUGACAAAUAUAGUUCAAAUCACUUACCAAGGGAGUUUAUGUCAUCCCAGGCAAAAGCAGUUAUUAAAACUACUGAAGAUUACUUGCAGCCUCAGUUUGGCCCCAACAGACUGUUGCUUUCAGCAGCAAUAUCAGAAGGGUCAGGACUUCAAAAUUGCUCCACACAUCAAACAGUAUCAGAUCAUAGCCAUGGUGAAAUAUCAGACCCGGAUAGCUACAAAUCAAACAGGAACAACAAUUCCUGUUUUAUAUCAGCAUCCAAGAGAAACAGACCUGUCAGUGCUCCGGCGGGUCAACCGAGAGUUGCAGAGUUCUCUUCUUUAAACUUUCAUUCGACCCAGAAUUGGCACAGAAUCUCUCAACGACAUAAGCUUCCACCCAGAGUGAUUAGAGUAACAGCUUACAAAAAUGGAUCUAGAACAAUCUUUGCCAAAGUUGCUGUACCAACCAUCUUCUUGUUACUGGAGGACUGCACGGAGAAGCUGCGUCUGAACAUGGCCGCACGACGCGUGUUCUUGGCAGACGGCUCUGAAGCCCUCAGACCUGAAGACAUACCCCAUGAAGCCGACAUUUAUGUUUCAAUGGGAGAGCCCUUUUUAGAUCCAUUCAAAAAAAUUAAAGACCAUCUGUUGUUAAUGAAGAAAGUAACUUGGACAAUGAAUGGGCUGAUGCUUCCUAAUGGAGUCAAGAGACAGAAAACCAAGCCUGUUCUUUCUACUAGAAUGAAGAAACUUACUGGGAAGACCUCAGUCCGAAUUCUGGUCUUUAAGAAUGGCAUGGGGCAAGAUGGGCAUGAGGUUAUAGUGGGAAAGGAAACAAUGAAAAAGGUUUUAGAUACUUGCACAAUGAGAAUGAAACUAAAUUCACCAGCCAGAUACCUUUUUGAUUUGUAUGGCAGAAAAAUUAAAGAUAUUUCAAAAGUUCCUCUGCUUGAAAAAUGCUUGCAAAAUUCCAUCACACCUUUGCGGGGACCAGUUUGGGUCUCUAAGGGAGAAGGUUUCAGCCCCUCAGGAGCUAAGGUAUACAUCCAAGGAGUCCUUUUGGCCUUGUACCAACGCUUAAAGUCUGCAAAAAAAUACUGUAAACAGUUGAACCUGGCUGUGGAUGAGCAAAAAGAGAAAAUUACGGAAAAAAUCAUUCUUUCUAUGACAGCAAAAGAACUCAAUAAGGCACAGGAAGAAGUGAGCAGGCUGAUUGAUGAAUUGCAGACAGCUAUCAAAAGCAACAGAGAUCAUCUCUCUAAACUUGGCCCCCAAUUACAGGCUGAGCAGGAGCAAUUCUCCUCUUAUGUCUACCAACACAUUAAAAGCCUUCCAGCAAAAACUCUUAUCCCAAGAGGCCUGCAGCUCAAGGUAUUUGAAAAUGGUAAAGACACUGGAGAGAUCUCUAUCUGUAUCAACCAAAAAGAUUUGUUGUCUAAUAGCCCAAACCAAACUGGUGAUAUGAUGGAAAAAUUACUUCUCAAGAUUCAUCAAAGGCUUCAAGGAUCUUCCAGCAACCCACCAGGCCUCAAUUUUUCUUCAACCCGGCUUUUCGAUGAGCAUGGUCAAGAAAUUAAGAAUCCACUUUUGCUGAAGAAUGAGCAAAAAAUUUGGGUCUCUUAUGGUAAAGCGUACAGAUCUCCAUGGAACCCUGUUUUGAGUUUGACCUUUGACCAGGUGGCUGCAUUUGCCAGAGGUGGCAUUACAAUUGCAUAUAAAACCUUCUUGGAUCCCAAAGCUGUUCUGCUACGUGGAUGUGACAAUUGGGAAGUUUGUGAGGGAUUUCCAAUGAAUUUUAAUGCCAACAAUCAACAGAUACCUGAUCAAUUUGAAAAGGUGGACUUGGAGAACCAUUUCCUACAGAACAAGGUGGAUUCCAGUAUUGUCCUUCACGCCUCGGUUUCCAUUGGAAAGUGGGGUUCCUCAGGUAGUGAAGAGAGCAACAGAUCUCAGAUGGCGCCAUCGACCCCUUGGCCUGCAGCCAGUGUGUGGCUGAUCAUGAAGACUGGAAUGAUCUUGAGCCGAGCCAUAACUCAGGGCUGCCUAGCUAUUGGUCAUCCAAUCAGAGUCAAGGCCACUGAGGAAACAUCACUGGAAGGAUAUAAAUUAAUCCUCCAGAAAAGACAUAAAGAAAAUGACUCUCAGAAGUGGGUGUUUGGAACUGAUGGCUGCAUUUAUUCUAAGGCUUAUCCUCAGUUUGUUCUGACCUACUUAGAGGAGCUAAAGGCACAAAUGGAUGUGACCCAGACAGAGUAUCACAUUCACCAUGGCACCUGGACCACAGCUCAUCAGGAACAUGGCAGCAGCUUAGCAGAAGAGUUUCUGCAUAAAAGUGCCAGCAUCCCUGGUUUGGAGCAACCUUCAGACACCCAUUUGAUGCCAGAAGGUUCUCUUGGGGCGACAGGGCAGCUGACAGUGGCACUGGUGAGGAGACUGGAGGAAAAACAUCCAAAGGCUUCUGCUCAGAGGUGGGCCAUAAAACAUGCAGGCACCAGUAAGCCAGGCCAGUGGAAACAUUCCAAAGUUGAAAAUCCUCUCUGGAAUAAGCUUACCUACAUUUGGCCAGUCCUUCCCAGCGGCCAACUUAACGAGGAGUUUGAUUGGCCAAUAGAAGGACUGCUUAUUCCAAAUAGUCCUUCCAUGAAGAAACCCAUCUGUAAGUCAUCAGAGCAGGAUGUGCCCAUAAGACUCAGAGUUCUGCGGAAUGGAGACAAGAAUAAAAACAGAGCACUUGUUAUAAUGAGUCCAGACAUAUCACCUGGGCGAAAAAUGCAGUGUACUGAAAUUUUACAUUUACCUUCUGCAGCUCGGAGGUUGUUCAAUGAAAAGGGGAAAGAAAUAUUUUCUGUGAAAGACCUUCAAAGAGAUGAACUGGUAUACGUUUCAUGUGGGGAACAUUGGAUCAAUCCUGACCUGUCUAUUGCUCAUCAAAAGAAGCAACUCUUCCUGAGGAAUUUAGCAUCUGACAUUUCUAAAAUUCAAGCCUUCUGCAAUACACGUAAGACAGAGGCUCUUGUUUUAGAAGUCCAAAGUGACAUUGUGACUGGAGCCAAGCUUGCUGUGUGUAAGCCUGUAGCAACUUCUGGAGAAGAGAAGCAAAUUAUAGAGCCGGAGGAAGAGCAAAUGCAAAAAAAUGCUUUAACAACAGGAAGUGCUCUCAGUAAAACUCUAGAUUCACAUGCAAAAGCCCAUCUCCGAAUGAAGGCACAUCACACGCCUCUCAAAUAUGCGUGGCAGAAACCUUCUCAUAUCUCUGACGAGGGCGACCAUUUUCCAAAGAAAAUGCAGGAAGAGAUCUUAGAAAAUGUGGAACCACAGAGAGAAUACAGCCAUUCUCCAAAGUGGAGUAAAUUGCAGAAGCUCUGCCACCAGCAGUUUGAAUACAAAGAUGGGCAAAUCAUAAGCCAUGCAGCUCCUCAGCUAGUCCUGGGGGUGCGAGGUCCAGACCUGCGUUCAGGCAUGGAGGUGGUUUUGGUGGAGAAAAAAGCCAAUGACAGUCAUCAACGCUGGAUGCACAAGGAAGGCAGCAGGACCUUUCACCUGGUGAGGAACCCAGAGCUUGUGCUGGCAGUGUCUAUGGCCAAGACGGGGAAUAAAGCUUGCAGCUAUCCAGUUAUUCUUCAGAAAUAUAAGCCCUUUAACAAUGGGACUUCCAAUCAAAAGUGGAAUUACAUUGAAAAUAAGAAAACUUUUAUAGCCUUCCACAGCACUGCACUGGAUAAGGAAAUCACAGCCGCAAAUUAUGCUGGAAUUUGUACAUCCUCUGUAGUUAAAGAAGAAAACAUUGAUCAACCAGGAUACUAUUAUCUCUCACCUUCCGGAAAGAAAAAAAUGACGCUGUGCCUGGCCUGUGGACGAUCCCUGAGAGCAGGGAAGGGACUGCAGCGGUUGCCUGCAGGGCUGCAGUUCCGCUGUGCCUCAGGCUCCCAGGCCCAGAGGCCCUUCUCACAAGGGCCUUUCAAGACCAUCCGUGUGACCGAGGCUGAUUUAUCUUCUUCUGAGGCUGAGAAAACUCUAAGUCACUAUGAAGAACAUCUAUUAUCUUUACGGAUGAAGACUUGCACAAAAGUUGUAGGUCCUAUUGGUACGGCAGCUUCACUGCAGAAGCCAGUGAAAAUAAUUGCAUACAAAAAUGGAGAUGGAUAUCGAAAUGGGAAGUUAAUUGUGGCUGAAACAUUCCCCAUGCUUCUUACAGAAUGCACGGAACAGCUUGGUCUUGCCCGAGCAGCCUCCAAAGUAUAUACUAAAGAUGGAACCACAAUCCUUUCCCUGCGUGAACUGGUUUUAUGGGCUCUAGAUAAGUCAUUUAUCCACAGAGACCCUAAGGAACAAAAGAAAGAGGCAGCCCCCGUUGGAACAAAGGAAACAACUAUUAAAAGUGUAGAAGAAAACUCAGGACUGGAAGUGAAAAACAAAUUAUUUCCAACAUCUGCAACAUCCGAUGGUUUGGAUGAUAUAGAUGAGUCUUUGUUCACCCUCCUUCACAGAAACCCGAUUGCCAUCUGGGUAUCUUGUGGGGAACCAUUUUUAUCUCCCAAUGCUUUGCAGAAAGCAAAAAAAUUAGAAAAACAUAACUGGCAAAAAAAGGACAAAAUUUUGGCUGACUUAGACACCAUGAAACACAAAAUGAGACAGUUAAAAGGGCGGCGAGUAGCAGCAUGUCAGCCAGCCAUCAUGGUUCCCAACCAAAGCCCUGUGCAGCCGGUGGUGGUGGAAGGAGGCUGGACCGAGCAGACACAAGAGGAAAUUAAACUCAAGGAAUGUAUAAGACAUACGGAGGCACACCUUAAUGAAAUCCAAGAACGGCAAUCCAAGAGAAAUUCUCCAACUGCAACUCACCAUACAGCACUCACGCAGAGCAGCCUGUAUAAGCAACCCAAAGCAAAACGGGUCUGGGUUUAUCUAAAUGGAUGCAGACCUGAGGAUGGCACUUAUGCCUGGGGCAAAAGCAUUUCAGAGCUGCUGGAUGACUGCUCGGCUCGGCUGAAGAUGGCCCGCCCAGCCAGCACCCUGUUCACCCCCGGGGGAGAGCCGAUUCUGUCCUGGGACCAAAUAGAGCGAGACAUGGUCAUCUGUGUGUCCACAGGACAUGGCUUCGUAACCCAAAAAGAGUUAAAACAACUGGUGGAGGUCAGAGCCAAUUAUGCCAGAAUCCGAAGGCAGCAGGGCCCUGAAGCCACGGACAUCGUGGUGUCUCCACCUGAGAAGCUGCAGUCUCUGGUACAUCGACUCAAUUUCUAG